UUUUGCGUGUGGACUUCAUUGUUGGAGGCGACAUACCAUGGAGUUUGUGGAGGAAUCACCGAGUCCUCCACCGACACUGGGCACAGUGGAGACUGUGGUGACGCAUUUCUUCAGCGGAACCAUCGCCGGCUUCACAGGGGCCAUUGUGGGCUAUCCCUUGGAUACGAUCAAGUCGCGCAUGCAGACGCAGAUGCACUUGCCGUCAGCAGCAACAAUUGGCCGUCGAGUGACGCCAUUGCAGGCCUUUGUUCACUCGAUCAGGCAAGAAGGUUUCCUCUCGCUCUACCGCGGCGCCUCCACCCAAGUCGCCCGUCAAGCGAUCGGGUGUUCCAUUCUGUUUGGGCUCAUGGCGCAGUUCAAGUGGUUGUUCUACACCCCGUCGACUGGUGUCGGGUCCGCCGAAGCCCAUCCCCAAAUUGUUCUCGCCGCGUCUGCCGCGUGCACCGGCGUCGUCGAGGCGUCCAUCUACUGUCCAUUCGAAAUCACCAUGAUUCGCAUGCAGACACAAGCGACGACAAGCCAAACGACGUCUCAAUGCGCGAGGCAGAUCUUUUCGCAAUAUGGCCUUCGCCAUGGGCUAUACCGCGGGUUCACACCCACUUGCUGUCGGGAAGUGGUCGGCAACACCGUCUACUUUUUAACAUACGACCGCGUCAAGGACCAAUUGCAAGCCAAGACACAGCUAACCCCCAUGCACGUGUACGGCACGUCCGGCGCCGUGGCCGGGUUCGCCUACUGGUGUGUGAGCUUUCCGCUGGACACGAUCAAGUCCGUCGUGCAGGCCGACGUGCUCGACCGCCGCCAUCAAAAAUACCUCGGAACCAUGGAUUGCGCGUCGAAAUUAUACCGCGAAGGCGGUGUGGGGAGGUUCUUUCGAGGCCUGUCGCCGUGUUUGCUGCGUGCGAUGCCCGUGAAUGCCGUGCAGUUCAUGUCGUUUGAGAAAACGGUCGAGAUGCUCACGCCGUUGUGGCCACAUAGUUGGAGGACGAGCCAGGAUGCACGAUAAGGCAUAAACCCAGCAUCACAAGAAUCCAUGGCUGUCGAUUUCAAGAGGGAAAACAUUACUAUGGGCUUGGCAUGGGUCCUCCACAGGCAGUGUUUAAGCUGCGAGCACUCGU